AGCGCGGGAGGUCCCGCAGAGGAGGCGCUCCGGCCAGCUGGCCUCGGCAGGAGCGGGGUGCGGCUGCCUGCGCUCUCCCUCGGGGAGCCGGCAAACUUCCCCGGGGGCGGGUGGGAGAGAAGAAGCCGCGUCCCGGUCCAGCGGCUCAGUCCGCCCCUUUCCCCGGCUGCCGUCCCGUCCCGGUGCUGCCUGCGGCCAGACUUGCCUAGCGCCCGUGGGGCUGGUCCCGGAUGCCUCCCAUCGCCGCGACCGGCGGGCGGGCUGCCCACCUCCGCCUCGUCCCGUGGGGAGCGGAGGGAAACCAGGGGGCCGUUUCCAUAGAGAUGGGGCUGGAGUGAAACUUUGCUGCGGGCGGCAGGCGAGGGCCGAGCCCGGGCGGCGCUGAGCGGAGCGGUCGGGGCCGGCUGAGAGCGGGGUCCGUCCCCUUCCACCUCCCCCGCAGCGCCGCCGGGGGCGAGCGCCGCCCGGGCACCCUGCAGAGGAGCCGGGAAAGUUUUGCUCCGCGGAGCCGCCACCCGCCCACGCCCCCCUGGGCGGCUGCUUGGCGGCCGUUCCCCCGCGGCGGCUCCCGCGGAGCGCUGCUAUGGCACCCGCCCGUCGCCGCGGGGCGAGCAGGGGGAGGCCGCCUCCGGCUGGCCCUGCGCUGGCGGCGGGGGGGUGCGCAGCCCCCGGGUGGCGGGCGUCCUCCUCCGGCCGGCAGUGACCGCCCCGGCCCCGCUCCUGCCUGCUGGCCAUGCCUGCCCCCGCCCGCCUCUCGCCGAGCACGGUGCCGGGGAAGGGCGAGGGGAGCCGCCCUGUCACUCCCUGAGCCAGCCGCCGCCUCACCGGAGAAGCCCCGUGUCUGACGGGCACGGCGCAGCUCCGCUGCUCGCUGCGCCGGGAGGGCUGCGGGCACCUCGCACCUCCCCACAGGAAACUUCUUCAGAAGUUCACAGGUGGGCUGUGAACUACAAGGAAGCAUUUUUUCAAAGAGCAAAAUUGAAAGACUGAUCCUUUCAGCAAAAGACUGGGCACAAUACAGAGCUAUGAUAGCAACCGGAGGAGUCAUAACAGGACUGGCUGCCUUAAAAAGGCAAGACUCUGCCAGAUCUCAGCAACAUGUAAAUCUUGCUGGAGUACCAGUUCCUGAGGAGAAGAAACCAGUUCGGCGGCGGCCCAGGACAGAUGUAGUAAUUGUCAGGGGCAAAAUCCGUCUCUAUUCUCCAUCGGGAUUCUUUCUUGUUUUGGGAGUGCUUAUCGCAUUCUUUGGAAUUGCAAUGGCCAUCCUUGGAUACUGGCCCCAGAAGGAACAGCUGUUAGGCUCUGAAGAUAAUCCAUCUGUAAAUGAAACCCGGACCCCAAGAAGCCAAGGAAGCAUUUUGCUUCGCUUCUUUGAACAGCACGUGCACUCAGAUAAGAUGAAAAUGCUGGGACCUUUCACAAUGGGCAUUGGAAUCUUCAUUUUUAUUUGUGCAAAUGCCAUUCUCCAUGAAAACCGUGACAAGGAAACAAAAAUAAUACACAUGAGAGACAUAUACUCCACUGUAAUAGACAUCCACACCCUGAGGAUCAGGGAACAGAAGCAGCUGAGCGGUGCCUUCACUGGCUUGUUGGGGGAAGCAGAACUCCGGCACAGUGGGAGCUCCUGUGCAUCACGGCUGGCUGCAAACACAGUUGCGCCUUUCUCUGGCUUCAAGAGCAAUCUUAGAAUGGAUAGUUCUGCUGAAGAAGAUGAGAUUACCCUAAAUGAAGAUAGGACCACUAGUAGCCUCCUGCCACCUCUGCUGGCUGAGCAAUCUGGUUCAGUGUUUGGACUUUAUCCUCACACCAGCAAGGCUUCAGAUGACAAAAACACUAACUCCAUAAAGUGUGAAACAAAAUCCAUUGUAUCUUCUUCCAUUAGUGCUUUCACACUGCCGGUAAUUAAACUGAAUAACUGUGUUAUCGAUGAACCCAGUAUAGACAACAUAACUGAGGACUCAGAGAUCUCCAGGAAUCAGUCUAGAAAUCUGUCAAUGGAUUCUCUUGCAAUUCCACUAACUGAUACCAAUGAAUCCUACAGACCAGCUGCUUCCAUGCUGCCACGACACAAUUCAUUUGUGGACACUCCAUCUGAUCCCUUCAAGUCUUCUAUGACCCUUGGACCAAGCACAGGAAAGCUUUUAUCGCCUGGUGCUGCCAGGAAGCAGUUUGGUUCCAACACAUCUUUGCAUCUUCUGUCCUCACAUUCUAAGUCCCUGGAUUUGGACAGGGGUCCGUCUACGCUCACUGUCCAAGCUGAACAAAGGAAACACCCCAGCUGGCCCAGGCUGGAUCGGAGCAACAGUAAAGGCUAUAUGAAACUAGAAAACAAGGAGGACCCCAUGGAUAGGUUACUUGUGCCACAAGCAGCAGUCAAGAAAGACUUCACUAAUAAGGAAAAGCUUCUUAUGAUAUCAAGAUCUCAUAAUAAUUUGAGUUUUGAACAUGAUGAGUUUUUGAGUAACAACCUGAAACGAGGAACUUCUGAAACAAGAUUUUAAUAUUUAAAUUGCAAUUUAGAAGAUAUCAUAUGGUAUUUUUAAAAGCAUUUUGACAAGUGUUUCCUUUUCAGUGAGACUGCACAAGCCUGUUCUUAACCAAAUUCUUAAUAGCCCAUUAAAAUUGGCUUGUGCGAACAGAGAUCUUCAUCAUUGUAAAACCAAGGGUUUCUUGUCUUAGUAACAUUCAGCUGCAAUACUAUACAUUGUCAUUGCUUGGACAGUUUUGUUACGACUGAUUCCAAUUAUUCCCAAGUCACUAUCUCUUUUGUUCUAUAUACGCAUGUUACUUUUCACCAAAAGAGACUGCAGUAGGAAAAAAAGCUCAAUUUGCCUGUAAGUUCUCUUGAUUUAAAGACUGCAAGAGACUGAAAGCAGUGGUCUUGUGGUCUAGAAUGGGAAGUGAACAGGAGCACGUAGUGGAAUUGUGAAAUCCAGAGCUUUAUUCCUAGGUGUUGUCUUUCACUUGCAGUACAUCUCAGAAACUGCAGUCUUGCCAUUGUCAUAGUGAGAAACUUGUUUACAUACUGGGGUGGGUGGAUAGAAAAGAGUGGAUAUAAUAAAACCAUUUUUGUGAAUUCACUGUAAUUGAUCAAGUGAAUACCAGUGUUGUGAAUUAUUAACUAUGCUUUGUACAAUAAUCUUUCUACAUCUAUUGUAAUUUAAUCCUGUAAUUUUGGAAGAGCAUACAUAAAGUAAGAAACCUGAAUUUUUUUUCUGGGAUUAAGUCUCUAAACCACUUUGAUUGGCAGCACUUUUAAAAUCAAAAUAGAAAGAUUCAAUUAAAAUCUUAGGAAAAUGAUGAACACCAACAGGAUUAUAGAAACAUGGCGUAUAAUAAGAUGAUAUUGUAACUUGCAUCUGAAGGCAAAAAUGGAGAAUGAAUAUAUUGCCUGUCAUUACAAUAACAAGAUGCUAAGUAACUAGAUCUCUGUGUUCAAAAUACUUCUACAAAGCAUACAAUGCAAUACCUAUACUAACAUAGUAUGAAAGCCCCUUGCCUAAAUUUUGAUUUAUAUAUUUCACAUAAUUAUUGGUAUGAUGGUUUACUGAAGGCUUAGCUGUGUCAAUUUGCAUUACAAGAUUUUGCAGAAGGAAUUGACAUUUAAAACAAUGUUUUUCUCAGCAAAGCAAGCUUCACAGUUGACAGUUGUAGGCUAUUGCUAAAGAAAAGGAGAAUUGGAAUGUGUGUAUCAGAGGGUUUUCAUGUAUUUCAUUGCUGUUUAGGCCAUGAUUCUGCCAUUACAGCCACGUUAGAGAAUGUCCCUUCAAAGCUGCAAGGCUCACCCAACAGGGUGUUGGUUUUAAUUGGUUGGAUUUGAUAUAUUCACUUACCCUAAGUACUCAGGAAUUAUUUUUAAUGGCUUUUCCCAAAAAAAAUCAAGCUUGUUAAAAUGUUGUAAUUUCUCAAUUACUUAGAUUAUGAAAGAUCAAGGAUAAAAUACCUUCUCUUUUUUUUAAUUUAACGAAAUAUUCAGCUCCGUAUUUCAACUGCGCAAUGUUUAUGUAUCACGAGCAUUACUUGCUCGGUGAGUUGAGGCAUAGUGUUAACUGUUAGAACCUCAAGCCUAUAUAUUGUAACAGAGUUGGCUAAAUAUUUUGCUAUGAAGCUUUUAAUAACUCACUGGUUAGUGUUCUUAAGACAUUUGCUAUUUUUUGCAAUAAAAUGUCUCUCUACACAUGUCCAUUGUAAGACCUGGUUUUUCCUCUGUGAUCUCUAAUCUUGCAUACCAAAGUAUAAUUGAGUAUCAUGACACUGUAUACAACAUUGUGCCUAAAUCACUAGCCUGCCACAAGAUAUUUCUUCCAGAGUAAUUGAUUUCAGUGACAUGUCUACACAUGGAAAGGCUGAAUGCGUUUUUUACCGAUGAAAUGUGAAAUGUAUUCAAAGUGGUUUUGCUAUGAGAAACUUUGUAUAAAAAGAACAUCAUGCUCUUUUUAGUUUGGCAGUAAGUAUUAUUUUAAAAAUGGAAAACACCAUUAAAGA